AUGGCCUCUUCUGAGAGAGACACCCGUGAGAACCAGACUGUCAUCCAAGAGUUCAUUCUGGUUGGCUUUUCAUAUCUUGCUGAGAUGCAGAGCCUUGUUUUCCUCCUGUUUCUAGCGACUUACAUUGUGACCUUACUGGGAAACUUCCUAAUCAUCCUCUUGAUAAAGCUGAGUCCCAGCCUUCACACCCCCAUGUAUUUUUUCCUGGUAAACUUGUCCUUCUUGGACAUUUGUUUCACAACCAGUGUGGUUCCCCAAAUGCUGGUACACCUCUUGGUGAAGCAUAAAAGCAUCUCCAUUGCAGGCUGUGCAGCUCAGUUGUAUGCCUAUGCCAUAGUGGGUGUUACUGAAUGCUGCCUCCUAGCAUCCAUGGCUUAUGACCGCUAUGUUGCCAUAUGCCACCCCUUACACUAUACUACCAUCAUGAGUGGUCGGAAAUGUGUGAGCCUAGCAGCUGCCUCGUGGAUCACCAGCAUCUCAGUGCAGCUGAUUCAGAUCACAUGGAUCUUCACCAUGCCUUUUUGUGGGUCCAACCUCAUUGACCACUUCUUUUGUGAUUUUGCACCACUGGCAAAAUUGGCAUGCGCAGACACAUCCAAGAAUGAGAUUCUUAUUAUGGUUGUGACAGUGCUGUUCAUUAUGGGCCCUUUCUUGCUAAUAAUCCUGUCUUACAUCCACAUUAUGUCCACCAUUUUCAAGCUGCCUUCAGCGGAGGGGAGAAGAAAGGCCUUCUCCACCUGUUCUUCACACCUUAUGGUGGUAAUGUUGUUCUAUGGAACAAUCCUUUUAACCUACCUGCGACCCAAGUCCCGCCACACCCCAGAAGGUGACAAAGUUCUUUCCCUCAUCUACACGGCCAUAACACCAGCUUUGAACCCACUGAUAUACACAUUGAGGAACAAAGAGGUGAAGGGGGCUUUUAGGAAAGCUGUUAAAGGAAUAAGCAUACCAUAA